CUCUUCUGUUUUUUAUCUCACACUAGAAAGAGUGUGUUGUUUGUGGCUACGGAGGUUGUUCUGUUCCAUCUGCUGGCAACUGCCACAAGCGUUACAGGUCAUGGUUUCAGCAUACACCAAGUUCUUGAUCCCUUUCCACCCUCUGCCUAUGCAGAUUGCUCAAUGCCUGAACUUCCCUGAGCUAGUCUACCAGUUUCUGGAUAUCUCUAAAACCAACUCCACUGUGGUAGUUAAGACAGAUUGUGGUCCUAUUGCAUACAUUUAUGUUGGUGGGCCAGCUGAUAAGGUAGCAGAGUCAUGUGAGAAGGCAGCACAAAAAACCAUGCGUGACCUCAUGAGGAAAUACAAAGUGACUGUUGAGGAUGUCACAUCUUUGAAGAGGCAGAUCUUUGCUCGCUGUGGUGGGUUGUUUAGUCUAAAGAGGACUGAGUUCCAACGUAUGGAGCAAGGGGAGCCAAAGGCUGCUUUGCCUGAGGAAUUGGCUGAGGUUUUCGCUGCUAGCGUUAAGCAGGUGCCUGUGGACUUCAUAUCCAUUUUACGCGCUGUGUUCAGGAAAAUCACGGUCCGUAGCACUCCUAUCGAGAUUUUUGAGCAUUCACCUUCUCAGUUCACUGCAUGGUUCACUGUCACACCGCCAUCAAGCCCCUUUGACUAUGAGUGCAUCUUUAGCGAUCAGUGCUCAACUCUUGCAGCUGCUAAACAAAACCUUGCAAAGAAGGUCGUUCACUAUCUUAUGGCUGUCUAUAGUUUCGAAGUGGUUGAUGCAAAUUACAACCCUUCUGACUCAAGGUUCGGUUUUGUGCUCUGCACUUUAGAAAGAGAGAGUUACUUGACCUUAAAGGAACGUGUUUUGGGAAUUCAGGAGUUGCUGGAACCUUCGUUGUUACUUGUGGAGCAGGAUUGUAUCACUCCUCGGGCUUCGGCGUACCGAAUCCCUUCUAUUCUGUCUGUCCCGCUCCCCCCUAAAAAGCCCAAAGCAUACCUCGCUAUUUCAGGGCCGUCCUUUAUUGCUGCAUCAAAGACUAAACUGCCAGUUUUUUUCUCGGUCCCUUCUGAGCUCGACUUUGUCUUCAAGCGGCAGAAAAACGCCUAGGUUGUUCUGACCCUUUAGUCCUAAUAGGUAGAUGCAUAGUGCAUAAUUACCUUCUUAGUUUGUGCACUUAAUAGGCCAUGUGUUUUGCUAUCAAGCACUUAUGAUGCCUUUGCUGCCCGCCUUUGUCACUGACAAGCCAGGCUAUGAACAUUGGGGUCUAUGUAAGCUUUUGUGGGUUUCUAAGGGCCUUGGGGUUUUUGUAAGGGGUUUGUGUAAUCUAUAAUGUAAUUCUUAAAGGCCAAAAUGAA